ACAGUCAGAAUUGAGAUAAUCACCAUAAAACAAAGCCAGUUUGAUGUUAAGACACGGCCUAGAUUCACCUAAACGUAAACGACGAGACUGUUACACACUUUAAGAUUUCGAUAAGAAUGUAAUUGAUACCAGAACUGUCAUACCAGUAUUUGAGAUUAUACCAAGUUGGGUUUUACUCCAUACAAAGUUCUCUUUACCACAAUUAAGUAACAAUCAUUUUGACAACUCAUCAUGUGCAUGUUAGUAACUGAAGGCUAAGGAAAUUUCAAAGGAUUCUUAGAAAAUUGGAUUAUUCACGAUAUUGAACUCUUUUGGUCGGGCCAACAUCGUUUGAGUUGUUUUUAUACGAGUUUAUUAUUUUCCUGAGGAAGAAGAUUGAGAAUGACUCGCUUCUUGAUGAGAAAACUGCUUAUUCAUUGUUCUGCACUGGUUUUUCUUCUAGCUUCUUCUUUAUUCUUGAUCGAUGCAGACGGCACUGUACGUUUGGUGAAUGACUUUGACGUCGCAACCAACAAGGGGCGCGUCGAGAUCUACUACGACGGUGAUUGGGGUACCAUAUGUGAUGACGAAUGGGACAUACUCGACGCUGAUGUGGUGUGUCGCCAACUUGGGUUCACUGGGGCAAUCCGGGCUCUGCCAAGGGCCUACUUUGGUCCGGGUGAAGACCUGAUACGGGCUGAUAAUGUUAGAUGCACAGGGAACGAGGAAAGGAUACAGGAUUGUCCUAACGCAGGGUGGGACACUCAUAAUUGCGUUCAUCUUGAGGAUGCUUCAGUGGAAUGUUCGACAGCCUCCGUUCGCUUAGUUGGCGGUCCCGAUCGUUACGAGGGCAAUGUCCAAGUCCUGGACGACGACGAUAACACGUGGGGUUACGUGUGCGACGACGGCUGGGAUGACGUCGACGCACAUGUCGCCUGUUAUCAACUGGACCAACGUUCUAGCGAGUAUGCCCUCUUUAAUUCGUCGUAUGGAACGGGGGAUGACGCGCCAUUCGUCCUCAACAACGUCGACUGCGAUGGAUACGAGUCCACCCUGCAAGAGUGUCAGCAUGGAGACUGGAGGAAUUGCACAAGGUUCGACAAAGCUGGGGCUCUUUGCAUAAGGGACUACUAUGAGGAUGGAGAAGUGCGAUUGGCUGGUUCUGGAUAUCCAAACAGAGGGCGAGUAGAGAUCUAUCAUAAUGGGGAAUGGGGUACCGUUUGUGACGAUUUCUGGGAUUACUAUGACGCAAAGGUUGUAUGUCGUCAGCUGGGGUACUCAGACAGUCAGCCCAAAGCCUACUACAAAAGUUACUUUGGACCAGGCCAGGGUAGGAUAUGGCUGGAUAAUUUGGCAUGCAUUGGUUCGGAGGAACGCCUCGAGUACUGCAUCACCAGUGGUGGUUGGGGAGCACAUGAUUGUAGUCAUGGUGAAGACGCAGGUGUUUACUGUGACGAAAGGGGUGAAUUCGAUGCAGCAGAAAUCACGGGGAUAAUCCUCGCAUCACUCUUCGCAGCAUCCAUUCUGUUCUGCUGUGUUAAAUACAUUUGUUGCGAGGCAGCGUCCAAUAAGAGACAUCAACGGCGGCGCCGUUCACGAAUUCAACGCCAGAGAAGGAGAUCGCAGGCGGCUGCGACAAGACCAACCGAUCCAGAAGAGCAUUUUAACGCGCACUUCAACGAUGCAUACACGAUCAGUGACAACCACGAUGAAAUAUUCACUCCUCCUGGUUUCCCCCUUGCGUACCCGGGAUCUGCACCACCACCUUUCUCUCCUACAGACCUACCCCCCGCUUAUGAAACUAUCAUGUCAACCUCUACACCAGAAGGUUCUGCAGUACCAGUUAACAGUGACGAAACUGCCACCAGCAAUUGUGUGGACGGGAACAAUGUUGUAAACCAAGCUGGUCCAACUCCUCCACAAAGUAUAGCUUCUGUCAAUACAGGUACUCUUCCAAAGCCAGAAAGUAGGCCUAACCUCCCUCCAGUUCAACCUGCCAGUAGUCUGCCUUAUCCUCCACCUCAGCCAACAAGUAGCAAUCCUUAUCCUCCCAACCCUGUGAUGGCACAUCAACAACCUCCAAUACCAUCAAACCAAUCGGUAGUCAUGCCACCAGUAGAGACAAUUACGUCACCGUCUACAAACCAGUUAGGGAAUGACCACGAGCUAUCCUCUGCACCACCGCCAUAUACACCCCGAGCACCUUUUGAAGGACAGUCUCAGCAGCCUCCCGCGGCGCCCUCACCGAUGAACUCAGUGACAGUAGCAGAAAGUCCUGCUACAGAAGAAACGAGCGUUACCUUUGUUAACAGUGCCGAAGAAUCAAUAAACCUAGGAUUGCCAGAUGAAAACGGACGGUUAUCGGAUGCUUGAUAUUAUUAUAAAAAAGAUUCUCAACCCAAAAACAAAACAUUUUAAAACACAUUUUUAAAAUGUAAUAAUUGCUCGAUUUUAACACUAUUAUUUAAAAAAAUAUCUUCAGAGUCUCAUCGUCAAAUGAAAUGAUGGUUUGGUGUAGGCCGCUAUUAAUGAUCGAGUAGAUAGAAUGCAAGGAAUGAAGAAUUCGUCUAAAAUGCUGUUGAAGAAGUUACACAAUUUAAUGAGCCCGAUUGUAAACAUUCAAAACAGUUUUAAGACAUAUCAGCUUACAUCAGAAGGAAUCAAUAUUAUAAUAUUAUUUUCAUUAUUUCUUGAUGAGGAUCGACAGACUGUUUAAACUUUUGUUAAAAGCAGGCGUUUGGAGAGAACGUGAUGGCAGUAUGCACAAGCUUACAAGGGUCCCGUCUUACAAAGAGUUACGAUUGAUUCAAUCAAUCUCAACUCUAUGGAAAUCCAUCCAGACCAUUUUUUUUUUCUACAGGAAAUAUGCACAAUCUUCUUAGUAAACAAUUGAGAAUCACACUGAAUCUUUAAAUGGACGAUGAAUGUAUGAAUACACAUCGUAUCUAGAAAACAUUUUGAACAAAUAUGCAUUUUUUAUGUUGACGUUGCUGGCCAUCCAUAGUUGUGAUUGAAGGGAUUAAUCGCAAUUCUUUGUAAGACGGAGCCCAGGGAUGAAUGAAAAAUAUAAAUUUAAAGACAGUACUGCAGUAUGGACUUGAUUUUUUUUUGUCGAACAUAACAAAGAUAUCAUUAUAUUCAUAAAAAAUGUAACACCUGAUUGUAAUUUGUAACACAAUUAAAGAUCAUGGUAGCAUUGUUGGACAGUCGUUUGGAUGUGAAAAGAAAGAAAUGCGAGUUUCAGAGUCAAUAUACUUUUAACAUGUAUUUCUAAAAUGUAUUUAAGAUAUAUUUUCGAGAUGUAACAAAGAAUAAUAGAAAACUGCUUGUGUACGUCAAUAAGGCUUUGUCACAGAGGAGACGGUGUAUUAUAUCGUACAGUAAAUUACGCGGAAGGCUAAUUUAAUACAUUAACUGAAAUUUGAAAACCUAACGUACGAGAGAUUACGCUAGCCUAUAGCAAUUACCUGAUGACUGACACAAUCUUCUCUCCUUUCUAGAAUGACAAGAAUUGUUUUCUAUAAAUAUAUUGUUUUGUAUAAAAUAACGCAGCUAUUAUAAAAUAGACCUUGUAGAUAUGUCAUAUUAGUAGAAAAAAAAAACGCUAUAGAGAAAUAUCAUAUUUGACAAGUGCAUAUCUCUUUGUAUUCAAUUAAUGAGCAUAAAUGCAUUUAUAAAGACAAUACUUCAGUGUGAAUGCCUUUAUAUGAAGACUUUGUAAUCAAACCCAUAUCACAUGGAUUUCAUUUGGUUUGUAUAUUAUGCUAUAUUAUAUUAUUAUUAUUAUGAUUGGAUGGGAAGAUAAAUAUUAAAAUAUGGAAAAGUA